AUGAAAUUAUUUAUUCUAAAUUUAUUGCAUUUGAUAAUCCAAUGCUAGCCGAGCGAAUAUCAAAGAAAUAGCGAAGAUAAUUAUAUAUCUGAAUAAAACUAUAACUCUUAGGAACAGUAAUUUACUUCGAUAGAUCAAAAUUAAGAGGAAACAUCGUUUUUAUAAUUUCUUUCAACUAUUUUGAUAUUAGGACUUAUAACAUUUUUCCUUUCAAAAAUAUUCUCAACUAAUAAUAAAAUCCCCAACAGUAAAUCCAUGAAUUUUGAAAACCAUAAUAAUAAGGAUGAAUAAAAUUAGAAAUUGAAUUCCAUUGCCUAAAAAUUUAAGAGAGAUAAUAUUGAGUUUAAAUUUUACUUUAAUAAUCAAUGGAUGGAAUAGAAAUUAUAAAAAGUAUAAAUUACAUCUAAUUUUGACUCUUUGACUUUUAAUAUUCAUGGGUCAGAUUUUUAUGGAAGUUGGAUUUUGAUAGGUGAGAUCAUAAUUAAUAAAAUGAAUCAAGUUGAAACAUUCUCUAGAAAAAUUUAUGAUGAUCUAUUAGUUUAAGGGGAAGACAUUUUAAUAUAUUAUGGAUAAUUAAAUGACUAGACUCAAACAUUUAAUGGAUUUUGGUAAUAUUAAAAGGACAUAUAAAAAAAAGGUGAAUGGGAAUUAAGUUUUAAAAAUUAAUGAAUUUGAUAUAUAUAGG